AUGGUUCGUAUUAAGGAAAGAUAUCUACUAGUCAAUAUCCUCUACCCCGACGCGCUCAAGGAUGUCAAACCCAACGAACCGGACCUCGCCGUCCUUCACAAGCCAACGACGAAUGACUUGACACCCCAGGCUAUCCUGAGAGCCAUUAGGGAACAGGUCAGAGUAUUGUUUGGAGAUUAUGGCUCUGGUCUUAUUGAGCGAAACCUCUUGGUCAAAUAUUUGUCCAAUGCCACUUCAACCUUCAUCCUUCGUGUCCAUCGGGAGCAAUAUCGCCUCGUGUGGGCUGCCCUGACUUUUAUGGAUGACCUCCCCAUCAAGAACGGGCAAACCUGUACUUUUCGUGUUGUUCAUGUCGGAGGCACGAUGCGUAAAGUCGAGACGGCGGCCAUUCGACGGCACAAGGCGCUGAAGCUCGCCGUCGAAAAGCAAAUGGCUGGCAAAGAGUCCGACGUGCUGGAUACUCUAUUUGGUUCCAGUGACUCUGCCCAGCGUACGCAGGGUGUGGUUCUUAACGCUGAAGAUGACAAUGACAGCGCCGCCGAAAAGGAUGAGGGAGAGGACGAGGACGAGGGCUGA